AGCAAUCCUUGGCCUGUGUUUUGUGAUUCAGCCGCCACUUUCUCCCACAAUUCCUUUUUAAUUUCUUUAACUAACAUUUAGAAGUUCCUGAAUUUCUGAAUAUUCUUCUCCCAAUGGAGCAACCAAUCUGCCCUUGUCCUUUUAUCAUGCCAUAUUUUCCAGCUGAAGAGGCAAGGGAAUUGUGUUGCUCAGCAGCUUCACUAGUCAUUUCUAAAUUGUUCCAUGCUAUCUUCAUCUUUAUAUUUUCAGUGGUUGGAGCAACUUUAGGAGCCAUGGUUGGAGCUUUUGUUGGGGCCAAAACCAAGAUCGGUUGGCUUCAUGGAGCGUCGGUUGGGGCCAUAAGAGGCAGCUUUUUCUCCAUCAAGUUGUUCGAAUUUUCACUCAUAGUUUGCAGCUCCGAUGAUAUGGCAACCAGUUAUUUCUUCCAACCGGUAUGACAUUAUUGUCUUCUUCAUCUAUCUACAAUGUGCCAAUCACUUUAAUCAUUUUUUCUUUUUCCUCUUUGUUGCUCUGCCCAUGCACUACACAAUUGGUCCGCCCGAAACGC